UGCAAUUAAAAUGAAGUGGAAGCCGCAACUUGCUUGCGGCGGAGCGUGACAGAAAAACUACAAUUCCCAGCAUGCAGUCGGGCAGGCGCAGCUCCAACCUGAUGGCUGAUGGCUCAGUGACCUGGAGCUCUUCAUGAACGCCGCUGCACGUCGUGGUUCCGUUAGAGGAGAAAUGGCUGCAGCUCUGUCCCGCGCCCUCAAACUGCCCGGGAAGAAGGGCUCGGAGCUCGGGGAGUACGACCCCCUCACCCAAGCAGACAGUGAGGACGAGAGCGAGGAAGAUGAUCUGGUGCUCAACUACCCCAGAAACGGUCUCGGCAGGGACGGCUGCCUUGGUUCGGGUUCCUCAAAGAUGCGCGGUGGCAGGUCAGGAAGACUCGACGAGGCACAAGAGGACGAAGAGGAGGAAGAAGAGGACGAAUGGAGAGAGCGACUCCCCAGCAAAUCCAGGCAGGACAGAGACGACAUGAAGGGCACACAGUACUGGGGCCACAGGGACAGGACGGGGGAGGACAGAGGAGGGUCUGCUUCACUGGGUGGCGCCGGACUCGGAGGUCACAGCACUGACGCAGAAGAAAAAGCACUGAGGAAGAAAAACACCGUCAGAAGUGUGUUCUUCUUGGUGCCUCUGGUUAGUGCCACACUGGCUGUGCUGCUGUGUGCAUUCCUGAUCCCCUGUCAGAAGGGAGAGCUGAAGCAAUGGGAGCAAGCACUGGGAGACGCAGGAGGUGUCUCUCCGCCUGCACUGGCGCUGUGGGAUGUCGAUGGUGAUUCAGUGGAGGACGUGUUGCUCGGUGUCACUGAAUGGACAAACGACACCCAUCUGACACAAAGGAGCAAAAUUUACAGUGCGGUGGCUCUGUCUGCAGUCAGUGGUCAGGUGCUGUGGAGGAAGGUCAUGGGCGAGUCUGUGAUGUCCAUCCAGUGUGGUCUGCAGCACAGCUCCCAGCCUUCACCCGUGUGUCUCCUCAUCAGUAAAUCCACCCUCAUGGCAGUGAAUGGCACCACAGGGAAGAAUUUGUCGUCAGUCCAGCUGAAGAACAUUGAAUCACAGGCGGUGUUACUUCCAGACCUGCAGGGAGACUCGGUACCAGAUCUGCUCAUUGCCACCUUGCCUGCUGAUGAGACUUUGGAUCUGUCCCUGACGUUGAUCUCUGGCCUGACGGGGGCUCAGCUUGGACGUCCUGUGCCGUUUAACCUCACAGGACAAGGGAAACUUAUUGGUCCUCUGCUGCAUGAGACACAAAAAGGGGCAUAUUACAUCCUCCUUGGACUAGGUAAUGUCGAGGCCAUCUCUCUGCGUGAUAUUUACAUUCGUGCCAUGGGCAAAAUGCCUAUGAAACAGACUAUUCGGAUUAAGGAUCCAAAGUGGGAGGAAAUGAGGAAAACCAAUUCAUCCACCCUCAUAGACAUUUACAGAGGAUCCGAGCAUGUGGAGUUCAUGCUCCCCCUUGUGGCUGGUUUCGGUGACAACCGCAACAGCCUGGACACAGUUUCUAACCUGAACUACAGCAGAAGUGACUGGCUGCUGGUGUACGGCGUCAGCAAACUGUCCGUGCUCAAACAGAGGGACAUACGUAAAAAAUGGACGUUCAACUCACCUCCCAUUCACAGCCAACCAGCUCUGGGACACUUCAAUGAUGAUGGAGUCCUUGAUCUGCUCUUUCAACAUUCAGCAAAUGGCAUCAUGGAGGCUCAGGUCAUUGACGGGACAACGGGGCACCUUCUUUGGUCCGCAGAGUUUGUGUGUCCUCGUCUUGUUUUGCAAACGUCUGCCAUUUCCACCUCGAGCGGCCAAGCAGCUUUCCUCUUCUGGGCUAGUGAGCCGAUCAAAGCACAGAGGAAUGCUACUAAGACAACUGUGGCGCCAGGUGUUGCUGCAGCUGAGCCUCUCAUCAGAAAACUCUUCCUGCUGCACCCUGCGUAUCCCACAAUCCUGCUGGAGCUCACCAGUACCACAGACACAGCAGUCACCUCUGCAGUGAGUUACCAGGAUCAUGAGAAAGACGCCUCCUACAUCACCGUAUCCUCCCGCCCCACGCCUGACUCAGAGCCCAGCAUUCGAAUAGUCAAGAGCAUGAGCCUUAGAGCUGCCAUCACCAAAGGACAAAUUGUCCGACUGGGGGAAACCGGCAAGCCGGGGACACCCAUUGAACCUAGCAUGUUAGAGGUCAACAAGUUCUUCAGCCAUCUGUCCUUCAAACGUCAGUGAUGAGCCACCACAGCUGCUAGAAGCGGUACAACUAAAUGGAGCACAUGUAUAUGAUGAAUAAGCUCUGCACAAAGAGGCACUAAGAAUCCAUUUGAGGCUGUUUACAUAUUCAUUCAUUUGUACAAACUAAAUUUUCUUUUACUUGAGAAUAAGAUGUAUUUGCUGUAAAAACGUCAUUUGUAAGUCAGGGUUUUGUUUGCAUUGGUUUGGAUUAGAUUAUGUUUGUACAUUGAAAACGCUAAUUUAAUCUAUUUAAUUUGCAUAUAAUUGAAUGUUCAGGAUCCUGUGGACUUGAUGGCAGAGGAACAACUGUAUUCUACUGUUUAUUACUGACUGAAGAUGAAAGAACAUUGACAUGUGUUUACAGUACGCAUCACUAAUGUAUAACUCUUUCAAGGCCAGUGGUGUCGUCACCAUAUCAUAAAGCCACUGUUUCUGUUUUUCACAAAGUUAAAGCUGUAGUAGGCAGGAUUGCUGGAAAACUAUUUGCUUGUAGAGUUUUAUCCGUAGAUUAUUACUUUUUUUUUUACUAUACAAUUCUGGCACUACUCAA